AUGGAUUGGACGGAGUCUGUGGUGUGCAAUGCGACGUGCGGCCGCUGCGGGGUCCAGACGCUGACCCGAACCUGUAUGACUGGAUGUACUUGCAAGGGAAAGCUGACCAAGACGGCCAGCUGCCCGUUGAACCCCUGCACCUUCCCGGACGCGCCGUGCUGCGGCACCUUCCAGAAAACGGCCGACGUCGAGACGCGCCGAUAUUCCUGCUACGAUCCGACGCAACGAACGAACGCGAAGAAGGCACGCGACAACUACAUGAAGUCGCGCAAGAGCCGCAAGACGACCCGCCAUCAGGAGAAC